UCCCUAUCUACGUAGCACACGAUAGUGGAACACGCGUACAUCUGACGUUAAUUUUUAGUCAGUUUCGUGGCUUAAAACUCAUUAUUGAUUCCUAGAAAACCAAUAUAAGUAAAAUUCAAAGAUGUUGUUAAUGAUUGGAAUUUUCACGAUAUUUAUGACAGUCCAAGGCAAUAUGUAUCUACCUCCAAUGAAGGAUCAUUUGCUGUCUGAUAUGUUGAUUCGAGACAUCAUUAAACAAAUGGAAAAAGAAUUAGCGGAUACAGCAGAUUCUUAUCUGGAAUAUCAAGAUAUUGCUCGCGAAACAGAUGACUUUGAUAAAGCUAAAGAAAUGCCUGCAGAAAUGCCGCUUGAUUACGAAGGGAUCGAGGUACUUAAUCCUAAUCCAAGCAUUCGUGAUCAAGAGUAUUUGCAGCACAGUACUUUGGUCUCAAGUCAACGAUUGAGUCAAGAUGGUGAUAGUACUCACAAAAUUCAACCUGGAGGUCUCAAGGGAAUCAAAGAAGAAAAGUCUGAAAAUACUUUGCCAGCUUAUUGCACUCCACCAAAUCCUUGUCCAAUUGGAUAUACAAGUGAAAAUAGCUGUUUGGAGGAGUUCGAAAAUACUGCAGCAUUUAGUCGUGAUUAUCAAAGUGCUCAGGAUUGUAUGUGUGAUAGUGAACAUAUGUUAGACUGCCCUAAUGCAGAAGAAAAUGAUCGAGGAUCUUUGAGGAAUCAAAUUUCAAAUUCUGAUUUUGAUAAAAUUGUACAAUUGCAGGAAUCUAAUCCAUACUUUCGUGGAGAAAAGUUACCCAUAGCUGCGAAAAAGGGUCUUCAUGCAUUCGUAUAUUAAGAAAUAUCAGUCAAUCGACAAAUUUUAUGGGGAAAAAAUUUUUUGUGGUCUUAUAUUGAUGUGAAAUAAUACACACAACUAGCUCUAAAGUGCUAGUUGUAACAAAUAUCAAAAGCACAAAGUAUUAAUCGAUGGUUAUGGUAAAAAAAUGAAAUGAGAGUAAGAUAUAUUAUUGAAAAGUAUAUUAUUUAUUUUUAACGUUGACCAAUAAUAAAGUUUAACAAAUUCUCUAUCAACUAAUUUAUAAGUAUGAAAAGAGAAGUAAGGAUUGUGAUUAAAGUACAUAUACAUAAUAAACUAAAAUAUAAAAAAAAAGAAAAAAUUUAUUCUAAUAUCAUUUGAAGCAUUUGUAUGAACAAUGCUAACAGUAUUAAAUAAAAACAAAUAUUGUAUUGUAUUUUAUAACAAACUUAUAAAACAGUAACUUAAAAUUAUUCAAAUUUAGUUUAUAAUAAAAUAAUAGUAAAUACUUUCAAACUUAUUUCAAAUUAAAACAUUAUCCCUUUAAUUAGCUUAAAUGCAUUUGUUACAUUUUUACAAAAUAUUACAAUAAUCAGUCGUGGACAUACAAUAUUAGACUUAUUGUUUACGGAAACUUUUCAGUAUUGGAUAAAUAUUUGUUAAGGCAUCUUUUAGUUCAGUCCUAUCUUUUGCUCCUGUAAACAGACACCAAAAUAAUCCUAUAAAUAAAAUAAAAAUAAAAAUAUAAA